AUGAACGAGGAUGAUUCCCCUUUCUACCUAGCUGUGAACAACACAUUAAAGAAAGAGUCGCUUCAAACGAAAGAGUGGUUCAAGGCCGCUCCUGUUGGAAUAAACAAACUGAACAGUCUAAUGAAGACAAUGGCUCAAAAAGCAGGAAUCAACAACGAACGACUGCGAAAUCACAGCGGGAGAAAAACAAUGAUUCAAACACUUAGCGAAAAUGAUAUUCCCCCGACACAUAUCGCUCAACUGUCAGGGCACAAGAAUUUAAAAAGCUUAGAAAGCUACAGCAAAGUGUCGAGCAAACAGGAAAUGCAAAUGUCCAAAGUUCUCAGUGGUUAUACAUCUGGUAGUGCAGCAAAGACAUCGUCUGAUAAAACAGUAAAUUCACCACCAACUUGCUCGCCCAUCUCCGAAGCACAACAAGCUAUGGCUUUAUUCAGCGGAGCUGUCAUUAAAGGCGGCAAUUUUUCCAUUAACAUAAACACAGUAAACCAGUCGCCCAAGCUCACAUUGGAACAAGAACCAAGCCAAAAUUCCGCCAAAGAUGAAGCGUUGUCAAAAUGGAAGAGACUUAAACCUUUAGAGGACAGUGACGAUGAGUUUUAG